ACAAAAAAUUAUUAUAAUUAAUUUUAUUAAAAAGCAACAAUUCGGCCAAGGGUUCAGUCAUUCGAACUCGAACGAAAGUUACGCGAUCAAACGAAAUUGGUUUUGAAAAGCACACCAAUUAAAUAUUUUCCAAAACUACGAAUAGUUGUGCAAUAAAAAAUUAUAUAAAUAAAAAAUAGAUAUACUAAUAAACAUAAUUAAAUAACAAAAAUUAGAAACCAAAAACAUUAAAAAAUGGGUUGGUGCGAAUUUCUCAUAAAAUGGCUGCUAUAUUUUUUUAAUCUGCUCGCAGUGAUAGUUGGCAUCCUACUCAUCAUACUCGGCAGUCUUGUUCUGGAUGGCAUGGGUGAUCUAAAAUCGGAUAGCAAUAUCAAUUAUGUCAAUGUCGUACCCAUUAUUGUGAUAGUACUGGGUGCUGUCAUAUUUGUUGUGUCCUUCUUUGGCUGCUGCGGCGCACUUAGGGAGAUCAAUUGGUGUAUCCUAUUAUACUCGCUUUUUAUGUUCAUACUGAUGUGUCUGCAGAUUGCACUUGUCGUUUGGGCUUUCGUGGAGAAGACAGAUUUCCUCAACUCUAUGAAUACGAUUGUUCAUAAUGCGUUUGAAAAUAGAAAUGAUGAUGCUGACAACCCUAUGAAUAUAAUACAGAUUACAUUCAGCUGCUGUGGCUACAACAAUUACACUGAUUAUAGUAGCGCCGUACCACCGUCUUGCUGUGGUUUUGUGGAAACGGAUGCUCCGUGUCCAGCGGUCAUUUAUACUACUAAAUCGGGUUGCCAAACGGUGUUUUAUAACUUCUGGUACGAUAAUUUGGGUUAUGUGCGGAUUGGUGGCAUUGUGGUGGUUGUUAUAGAAUUUUUGGCUUUGAUAUCUGGUUGUGGUUUGGCGGGAUGCGUCCGAAAAGCGGAGCGAAGAAAUAUGGCUUAGAGAACUGGCUCAAUAUUUAUAGUUAAUUAUAUAUUUUAAUUGUUCCGUAGCUUAAAAAAUGAAAUUUGUUUUAAGUGAAGAAUAUUUUACUUUUGAUUUUUGGAAAUAAACUUUUAUUUAUAAUACAUUUAGUAGUAUAGUUAUAAUAUUUUAAAUAAAUUACAACAAAUUCACUCGUAA